GGCUUCGCACCGUGGACCGGGGACUCACACACCGGGGCUCAGUUGGAACAUACCGGGGCUGGGUCGGUGAUACGCUACCGUCGUUUGGGGCUGGUUUACGGUUGUAGCUUCGUUGCUGAUGAUACGCCCGAAUUGUUCUCACCGGUGAUCAAGAGCUACAAUCAUGGCUGACAAGCUGAACGAGUAGUUGGUGUGAGACAUAAGAGGCAUUGCUUCCAUUCGGCUCUCAUAUCACCAUCUACACUUAAGAAGAAACGUUGUUAUGCGCAGAAUGCGCACCAAAAUGAGGUCAACUUGCCGAGGAUUCCUGCUGGUAGUCGUCUUUUCACUGGUGACCACAUACAUCAUAUUGUUCCAUGACGAUAUGGUGAAGACUACCAAAAGAGAGACAGUAUUUCCUACAGUGAGACCAACACUACGUCACGAGCAACCUGAGCACAUUAAAGGUAGUAGAUCGCUACUAAACACCAGCAACACAACCGUUCAACUGCACUCAAAAGUGACGCUAGAGGGUCCGUGUUAUUUCCAUGACAAGCUCCAUGGCGACAAUUUACCCGACAUUCAUUCUGUGUUUUCUGAGCCUGAAAUUGGGCAGGUUGUAUUCGUCGGACUGAAAUUCUUGAAAGACCCUUGGAGUAAGACUAAGUUCAGAUGCGAAUUCCCAGAUGGGCAGUUUAGCCACACCACGCAAUCACUUGAAGACCGUAGGAGUUUCGGCCAUUUCCCGCAGUAUGUUGUUGUGCUGACGUGCCCAUUACCGGAUCCAUACCGAUUGAGAAUCAGCUUCACCAUGAAUUUCACGAGGCUUCCUGGUAAUCAGACGUACAGAGAUAUCAAAGUGUGCCCAUCCAACUCCGCGCCAACGGAGAAGUAUUUUCUUGCCAUGUGCACAAUGGUAAAAAAUGUCGACAAAUUCAUCACAAACUGGUUAGACUUCCACAAGUACUUCGGUGUUGAGCACGCCUAUAUUUACGACAACGAACUGAAAGGCAAGUCUACCUUGCAAGUUGCCCUCAGAAAGUACAUUGAUGAUGGUUUUGUCACGGUCAUACCUUGGGCUCACACUGUUUCACGUAAUAAGACUUAUCUUGAGGUUCAGAUAGCCCAUGAAAACGACUGCAUCUGGAGACACAAGCACGACGUUGAUUGGAUGAUGAAGAUUGACGUCGACGAGUACGUUCAACCAAUGGACGCCAAGCGCCCGAAGAUCACUGACUACCUAAAAGGUUCUAUUUACGACAACGUCGCGUCAAUGCGAAUCCAGAACUGGUUCUUUGGACACCGAAAGUUGAUCAGCGCUGAUGAUACCACCAUAUUUACGCGCAACCGACUGCGCAACAGAAAACCAACCCUUCAAAACACGGGUCACGAUAAAAACAUCCUUCGACCAAUCAACGUGCACUAUUUCAAAAUACACAGCGUUAAACUAGGCGGUGACGUCAUAUCAGCUGACCCGUAUACGGAGCUCCGAUUGGUUCAUUACAGAGCCGAUAAUCCACGAACUCGACACUUCAAACUUCCAAAGUUAAACGUACGGGACGAUUCUAUGGUUGCCAUGAUGCAAUUUGUCGAAAAGGCAAAACUGGGAAACGAUCGACAAAAGACACACCAACAAAAACUGAUAAAACCCAAGAAGACUGUUCCAGAAAAAGGAAAAGAGCAACAAGAGCAACAAAAGAAACAAGAAAAUGGAAUAAAACAACAAAAGAAACAACAAGCAAAUGGAAUAGAACAACAAAAGAAACAUCAAGAAAAGGGGAUAAUACAACAAAAGAAACAACAAGAACAUGGAACAGAAAUACAAAAGAAAUUACAAGAAAAUGGAGCAGAACAACAAAAGAAACAAGAAAAUGGAACAGAACAACGCAAGAAACAAGAAAAGGGAACAGAACAAGAAAAGAAGCAACCAGAUUCAAAAACAUAG